AUGUCCGGCAAACUCUACGAGACCUUAUGGUCUGCAAAAGAUUGGAAAUGUUCUCAUCCUCCUCCUCGCCUUUUCCUGCAUCACCUUCAUAAAUUUGUCCUUCAUCGUCGUCGGAAUCAAUAUCAUUCCCAUCACAACAUCGUCAUCACCAGAAUCCUGGUCGUUACUAUUUCUGUCAUGCAUCAUCAGAAAGUUUACGGUUUAAAAAGUGUAAUUCUUGGUUGGAUCCCAAAUCCCCGCACUGAAAUGAACAGGUCAUACAACAGAAUUUACACUUACGAAUUAUUUUAUUUGGAACGGGUCGGCUAUUUUGCUGAAACCAAUAAAGGUUUCAAGAAAACCUUCCACGCUGAAGCUAGAAGAGAGCACUGUACGACCAUGAAGAGGGUAGUACAGAUAAAAAAAAACAAGUGGACCAACUUAAAUCUGAAAAGUAUCCUUUCAUUCAGGGCUAGAAUUUUCCUCAGGGAAGAUCAUGUCCUAAAACCUCAUGACUCCAAAACUAUAAGACAGAAUAUGCUGGCAAUUGAAAACAUUGAAACGUCUAUUGAUAAGAUGGAAAAAAGCAUCAAAGAACACAUGGAAAAAACUAUUCGUUCAUCGUGAAUUUUGAUCGGACGCAAAACAGCACAUGAUUUUGACGAAAGUUAGCUAACCGUACCUGCAGGCUCUUAGAAGUGAGUUAAACAAUAUACAUGCUAGACGUAAAGAUCUUGAGAAAACAUGUAAUUUAGCAUUAAAACACAUUUUCUCCUCUAUGAGAAGGAAGUCUCGCUCGAAGAAGCAAAACAGCAGCAAGAGCAAGAAAAGGAAGAAGAAUCGAAAUGUAUAGCAAGAAUUGCAGAGCUUUUAAAGAAUAUUGCUCAAGGGUGCAAGGAAGGAAAGGCAUGUGCAAAAGACAAUUUCAUCAAGGAACUUGGAAAGAGAGAAAGAAAAUGGGCAAUAGCUUUGACAUCUUCAAGGUGUAAUUUACUUGAUGGCAGUGCCAAAUUCAUGGUAUGCAACAUUUUAGAUGUUGGUGGAAAUGCCAGUGACGACAGUGGAAGUUGGUAUGAAGUUGAUCAGGAUGGUAGUAGACGUGAUGACAAUGCAAGUGAUUAUUGUGAAAGUGAUGUUGGUAGAACUGAUAAUAUAAAUAGAAGUGAUGUUGCUGUGAUGAUGGAAGUGUUG